AGGGGGCGGGGGGAAAAGGUUCCGCACGGUGACGCAAUAAGGUGCCGUAGCCACAACAUCUAAAGGGCGCCUUCCGCAGUGAGAGUUUGGCGCGACGACUGCAGUUCAUGUGGGAUUACCCUUGACAUUAGUUGCAAUGGGAUCUUUCCACUCAGUGGACACGAGUAACUAUUGCUCCAGGAAGCAGAAAGAGAAUGAUGAGGAUUUGUUGACCAAUAAAGAUCGAGAAGACGAUAUUGCCAAGUUUCCGUAUGUGGAAUUCACUGGGCGGGACAGCAUCACCUGCCCCUCCUGCCAAGGCACUGGCUGCAUUCCCACAGAGCAUGCUAACGAACUGGUUGCUUUGAUUCCAUAUCAUGAUCAAAGAUUAAAACCUCAAAGAACGAAACUCUACGUCUCUGUGUCAGUGCUGCUCUGUCUUCUGGCGUCAGGGCUGGUGGUCUUCUUUCUCUUUCCACAUUCAGUGCUUGUGGAUGACAAUGGCAUCAAGGUGGUUACAGUCUGGUUUGAUGAAAAAAACUCCCUAGUCAUUCUUUCCAUCACGGCCACCCUUCGGAUCCGGAAUUCCAAUUUCUAUUCGGUAGCCGUGACCAGCUUGUCCAGUCAGGUGCAAUACAUGAACACUGUGGUUGGGACCCAACAAAUCAACAAUGUUACUCGUAUCCAGCCACUGAGUGAUCAGCUGGUGAAUUUCACCAUGAAAGCUGAAAUGGGUGGACCUUAUGUAUAUUUCUUCUGCACAUUAUCAAAGAUCCGAGUGCACAAUAUUGUGAUUUUCAUGAGAACCUCAGUGAAAAUCUCCUACAUCGGCCACAUAUCUCAAAGUUCCUUGGAGACCUACAAUUACGUUGACUGUGGCGCCAACUUCACAGCGGCCCAUUCUGGCCCUUAACCCCCAACUCUGCAAAAUGAAACUCAAGAGAAGGGCAGCUACAUAUCCUGGUGAUCCUAACCAACUGGCUUCCAUUACUGUGUAACUUACAGUGGAAUUUUGUGUCUUGUUUUGAGGAGAAAGAAGAGGCUGUUUUAGCCCUUGGCAAAAUGAAAAGGCUGGGCAUGUAGCCUUCCUUCCACAAUUUUGCAUGGACAGCUGGGCUGUGCCUUGAUGCUGAUUUGAAGAGGAUUUGUUUAAUCCCAGUCCCCACGUUCUCUUCAGAUGCUAGUUUGUGCUUUUCUUGUUAUUUCUCAUUGACUGACUUUGCUUCUUAAUAAGAUUUGCCAUGUUUACAGGUUUUUCCAUUAAAAUUUAAGAAGGGACAAGUUUCUGAAAACAUUUGGCUGGACUACUAACCGUGAAACCUAUUUCAACAAUGACCUGCUGACGUAGUUACUGCCAAUAAGGGAGCUAUUGUCCAAUUGUACAAAGGGAAAUAAUCUUGAAUACGGUUCCUGUGUACUCUUUAAAACUUCUGUCUUGCUUCUUGUCAGAGAAAGCAAGAAUAUGUAUCCACUGAAACAUCUGAAUGUAGCAAGUUGCACUCUUUAUAUGUGAGAUUCCUAUAAAUAUGUUGUCUUUUCAUUGAUAUAACUUCUAAAAACUACUUACAUAGUUCUGUGCACAGCGUUCUAGAGAGCACAUGAUUGAAUUAAGAAUUCUCACAUUUGCUGAAUCUACAGUCUCUUGAUUUUUUUGCGUUUAAGAAUGAGCAUCAUGGAAGGACUUCAGAUUUUUACAGAAGCAGUAAGCACUUUUUAAUCUUUGGAUCUCCAAAGUCUCUUGAAUUUGGGAUUACGGUGGUUUAGCUGGCCUUUAUUAUUAGCACAAGAAGAGUUUGAUUGUGCAGAUUUUGGUAGGGUUGGGGAAUAUUUGGUUUUCCACAAAAAGAGUUUGAUCUUAGUGUUGCUGUGUAGUACCACCUCUUAAAAAGAUUAGUGUGGGAUAUACAUUUAAAAAGUAACACUGGAAUUGGGCAAAGAUAUGUCUGUAGGAAAUAAUCCUCAUUUUUCAAAUACCAACUGUAGCAGUUCAUCUUUAAAAAAAAUUAAGUGUCCUAACUCAUCUGCUACGGUCUCUUGAAGAAGAAAAAGAAACCUAUUUAAACUUGAAGUAAAUUUUAAAUUUUAUUUUUUACUCUUUCAAUGACGGGGGAAUUUAUGUUCAUUUAGAAUCUGUAUUUUUUCAGUUUGGCAGACUGGAUUCCUAAAAUGAAGAAUAAACCCUUAAACCUCCUC